UGAGGAGGAUCCUGUCUGGCAGCGCCUCUCUAUGGUGAGGUGGAGCUUUGCGGCGUGGUCAUGGCCGAGGUGGCUCAGGAGGUGCCCGAGGACGUGCGGCUCUUCCUGCGGCAGCACCCGCUGCUCAGCCUCGCGGAGUCGGGCAAGGUGCGGUGCCGGCUGACGGGCCACGAGCUGCCGUGCCGGCUGUCGGAGCUGCAGGCUUACACCGACGGCAGGAAGUACCGACGGCUGAUAAAGACAUCCAGAGAGUUUGAUUAUGGCACCUUCGAGCCCCAUAUUGUGCCCAGCACAAAGAACCUGCAUCAGCUGUUCUGCAAACUCACUCUCAGACACAUCAACAAGCUUCCAGAGCACGUCCUGCGUCACGUCCAAGGGAAACGCUAUCAGAAGGCACUGAAAACAUAUGAGAAGUGCCAGAAGGAAGGGGUGAAGUAUGUCCCUGCCUGCUUGCGGCAGAAGCAACAGCAGAGACAGCGUGCUGACGACCAAAUGAAUGGGAGCAGGGAGCCUCACAGAACAGAAGAAUUCUGGGAGCCCAGCUCUCCCAGGACAGAUGAGGAUGAGGAUGGAGAGGAGACAGACGACAGCAUGAGCGAUCUGUACCCACCUGGACUCUUCCCAGAAAAAAGCCCAGCAGCUCCACAAAACACAGAGGCCAACGAUGGUUUUGCAACAGACAGCGAGGAUGACGGGGCCAAGCUGAGUAGGGAGAAUGGUGACGUGAAUGGAGAUGGUGAAAGAAUGGAUGUCAGCAGAGCAGUUGGCAAGAGGGGAAAGAAACAGUCUGGCCCUUCAAAGAAAAAAUUCAAGAGCUGUCAUCAAAAACCCAAAAAGUUCAAGAAAACAACCAAUGGUAAAUAAAUUUUUAUGAUAAAAAUGCAGCUUGUAGCAUCCUGUGUGACAAUUCCAGGUGGUGCACAAGACCAAAGUAUUCAUCUGUAAGCCCUGCUGCCCAUUCCAGUUAACUGUUACAGCAGGGAGAAACAGCAAGGGGGAAAUAAACUGCAUGUUAAAACUCUCUCUCCAUCCACUGCUAACAAAACAAGAAUUACUACAGUAACAUAAAUGCAAAGCACUGCUUGGAACUCUUUACAAAGAGAAAAAGCACGCAUGUUUGAGUGUCACUAGUCAUACACUUCAAGUGGAUACAAAGAUGCCAUUUGUUUUUAUUUUGAUUGUUUCAAAAAUCAAAACAUUUUCAAACACAACUAAGGUACAAAAUACAGCAUAAAAUGAGAAUUUAUACUUAUUUUUUUCCACAUAGAAAGCAAAAAUAUAUUCAGAAUGAAUUCCAGAACACUUUGCAGAGCCAAUUGAUAGUUGACAUCCUGUUUCUCAGCUACUGGGGGAGGUCACUGUAUUUUUGGGAGAUGUGUGAAUACAGCAGUGUAUAUAAGCUACCAGAAUCUUCUGUACCAGGACUCACAGCUGUAAGUCCACAUACUGCGCUGCCUAGAAAUACCUUAUAAUGCCCUCCACCUUACAGUGCCUCUUCAGUACUAAAAUACUUCUUCUGUAAGAGGCAGUAACAGUUCCCUUUUCUGGGGUCUUUUAUUAUAAGUUGGACUCUUUAUUUUCACAGGGGAAACUGGUCAGUAUUUCAGACUAGUCCAUCAUCCAGCUCCUUAGUUAGACAGGACACAAAGAAGAAGCUGAGGAAGCUAACUAAGGGCUACCUACAGAAAUUCAAUUUAUAAAUACUACGAAUACCAACAGCAGUUGAGAGAUCUGAGAAUGGCUGCCUUGAUGUAGCCUAACAGUUAUAGGACCCGCAGUGAAACUGAGCAAAGAACAUCCUGUGCUGCACAUUAGGAAUUGAAAGGACUAGUUUAGUUUGCUAUAAAGAGACAGGCGCAAUUAGCACUUGAGGUAAAAACCUCUCCUGCAAAACCUAUUUAGAAGGAAGCCGCCUAAGCAACCUGAACUUCAAUGCUGGCUUCCUCUCAUCUACCCCCAAAUAAUCUUUUCCCCCCCUUUCAGCAGCAGCACAUCCUGCUGUUACAUGGGAUGCUUUUCCCUUAGGAUGAUGGAAUCACUGCUUUAACAUUUAGCAGCACUCUUCUAUUUGCCAUCUGUUCUAUUUAGCCUAGUUUUCUCACCUAAUAAGUAACUGUUCAGGAGAACUGUCCAAGCCAGUACCCUUACCAGGUAACCCAGGUAAUUAGUUUCUGCUGGAGAUGGUUCAGCUGAAUUGCUCCUCCAACAAAUAUUAGAGCAGCUUUCUCAAGGGAGACAAGAAGAAAUCAGGGUAAUGUUAGCAAGUUGGUAAGGCUCAUGCUCUCUAAAAAUCUAGAGUGCUUUCAUGAUCUAAUGAAACAGGUUUAUCUACCAGCAGAGGACAAAACACCUCCUCUAAGCAGCAUUCACUAAGCAUGUUCAUGGCACAGAGGCUGUGGCACUGAGGUAAAAACAGAGCCUUGCUCUCUCCUCACUUUUAAGCUGAGGAGUUCCUUCCUCUGAAGAGUUCUCUGAACAUGAAAGUUACGCUCCUGACUGCUUACUCACCAUGCAGGCUUUGCACUUGCAUUCUUCAACUACAACUGCCUUUAAUACACAGUUGAGAACUGGGACUAUGGCAGCACACAGCUGACUUCCAUGCUCAUUCUCUGUGCAUCUCAGGUGUGGCCCAAGAUGUCAGGGGGAAGAGUUAGACUUGGAGCUCAGCACUCCAACCUUUCCACUGUUCAGUCAGCUGAGGCUUUUGCAGCUGAGACUGACAAAA